UGUUUUUACUUCUGCGGGACUUGGUCACACUGAAGCAAACACGUGUGGAGUGCGGUUGCCGCACGUUUUUAUUAUUUUUCGUUCGAACCGUUAAAUUUCUUAAACAGAGAGGAAAAAGGCAUCCAAAAUGAGUACCGCGUUAGCCCAGCAGCUGCAGAAAUUGUCGGCGCCGCAGUCGUCGAUCACGCUGGCGGACGCCCGAAGUCGCGCCUCCGUGCUUUUCGACCCGAAGGAGGCGGCCAAAAAAGACCGGCGCUCCAUCUACAACAUCGGGCUGGUGGGAUUGCAGGAGCUAACAGAGUUUAAUCCGGCCUUUAAGGAGUUUCAACUUACGCUGUUCGACGAGGCCACACUGACGCUGGAGCGAUCCGUGGAGCUGCCGGAGGUAAACAAGCUUCUGGACGCGGCCAUUGCCAAGUUCCUGCGCCUGCUGUCGCCCUACCUCCUGUUACGCCCCGCCCACAUGGCCUUCGAGUGGCUCCUACGUCGAUUCCAAGUGCACGAGUAUAAUCGCAGCGAGGUGAUGGCUCUUAUCCUGCCCUACCACGAGACCAAGAUCUUCGUCCAGAUAGUGCAGACCAUGCGACUGCGGUCCCCCGAUGGCGACUGGUACUGGCUACGCCGACUGCAGCGACCUGGCGUCCCACUGGCCAAGACGGCGAUCAUUAACAGGGCCGCCAGCAACCCCGCCUUUCUCGGCUUCGUCUGCAAGAGCACCCAGAAGGCCGUCAAGGAAUUAGGUCCACGGGCCCAUCAAUUGCAGGCGCAGAUCAACUUCUACGCCACCGUCGUUGUGGGCGCCCUGCAAACGGCAAAGCCCCUGCAGGAUUGGCACAUUACCACCAUCCUUGAGUCGCUGCUCAAGGGUCUGGUGUCAGACACCAUCGACUUCAUGGCCGCCGCCUAUGUAAUCGUUGCCCAGCUGGUCUCCCGCACCAAGCUAAAAAGCAAGGUGUGCAACGCUUUGCUAGAACGUGUUGCCAACUGUCCGUUCGAAAGGCUCCACAGUGAGUCCCUGCUCCUGCUCAUCUGUAUCUACGGCAAGCAGCAGGCCGCAGUGCCGCAAUUUAAGCCAGAGACUGUCCUCAAUCUGGUGGGGCAGAAGUGGCUUAUUUCAACGCUGGCCUCUCUGGUCAAGGGCAACAUCGCCAUCGAGUCCAUCUGCAUGCCACUCAUGACGGGCGCCGUUGUCGCCAUUAGGGAGGAGAACGCCGCCUCGAACUCGUGCAAACAGUUCUUGGACAAUCUGCUUUCGGAUGUACCAUUAGCAACGCCGACUGCCCAGCAAAUAAUCAAUUGUUUUUUGGAUACUUUUGUGGACACGGAAAUCGAUGCACCUGAGCCUAUGGAUACAGGUAUAAACGAUGAAGACGAUACCAUCGUAAUUGAUUCUGAUGAUGAGGCAGACCAAGAGAAGACCAGCUUUCAGACCUGGUACUCUGGUUACCUCGAAAAACUAGAAAGACGUUAUCCGGAAGCCUUCGACCUAAGCGUCAAGGAGGCAUUAAGGACCAAAUCCACCACAAGUAAUCGUAAAAAGGCUCUAAAGUUGGCUCUUGGUUUUCGUCUCAAUACCUUGGAUGAAAAGGCAAAGCACGCGUACGAGAAACUCUAUCAUUACAGUGCAGACUGGCGACUAAAUGCUGUUCAGCAGCUGCUCAAAAACCUCCAGGUGUCCAAGAAGCGGGAGCGAAGCGUAAAACUUCUGCACGAGUGUUUGCCCGACAGGAUCAAUGAUGACAGUGGAGCUAUUGUGGCGGCCGUUUUGUCGGUGCCGACUGAGGAGCUGGCCGAGAUGUUGGGUGCUCUGCCCCUAGCCAAAACCCUAUGCCGUUUGCUUCACAGAGCACAAUCCGAAAAGGACCCGGAAUGGCAGCCCGUGGUUCCGUUGGCCGUCACCCACUUGACCUCGGCCCUGGUUAGUGGUUACUAUGACCAUAAUCUGGUGUUGCUGGCGCUGAUGCCAUUGCUCUUCCCUGGCGAAAGUCUGGCAGAGCACGAGCACAAGGCUCUUACAAUUCUGUUGAGCAGUGACUUUGCUGGUAAAGUGCCGUUCCUGGCAGAACUGAAAGUGAGCAGUGAGUUUAGCGAUUUCAAAGCCAACGAGCAUCGUCAGCACUUUUUGGAUGUAAUUGCGAGCAGCAGUCAAGAGCUCGACAGUCAAGAACGGGCGCUGCUACAAAGUGUGGAGGAUCACGGCGGGGAAGCUUACAUACAGGAGGCCUCCCAGCUGACCCAUCUUCUGCUUCUUUUGACCGCCUACGCCAAGAGGGAACUGCAAGCGCAGGAAUGCCUGCACAUGUUGGAGAAAAUCGUGCUAUACGGUCGACGCAUCCAUUUCCGGGUGGCCAAGGGUCAACGUGAUUCGCAAAACUUCGUCCCUCUCCAAUUGUAUGUGGAUUUCCUUUUGACUUUGGUAAAGAACACCAAAUGGACAUCCUUGGACACGACACCGUGGAAUCAAUUGACAGAUGAACUUCGUCUUUGUCUGCGCCUACUGGAGAUAAUAUGCGCCCAAGUCUUCUCGGAGAAGACUGACCAUCCCGAGCGAAACGAGUGGACGCGAGCCCUGCAGCAAAGUCUGCAAAUAAUGCUGCCCGAGCCUCAAGCACGGCUUGAACUGCUGUCCAACUUCUAUGUCUUUGAACGAUUGCCGGAAUUGUGGCCUCGGGACUCGGAUUACGCCGUGUUUCGGUUGCAGGGCUUCCUGUUGCUAGAGGCAGUGCUGUCGAACCCGAAAUCGCAACUAAACUGCAGCCUGGUUCAUGUGCUGCGAGUGGCCAAUGCCUGCGGAUCGCCCCUUCAAACUCUGCGAGUGCAGGCCAUCAACACUCUGCAAUUGAUGAGCAGCCGCAAACUGGUGUCCCAUGUGGAGCAAUUCGUGCGAUCACUGCUGCAGCGCAAGAGCGAGCUGGGAAUGGACCACGAGCAAUAUGCUCUGAUCCUGUACACCAUUCUGGAGCCGGAAAAGGCCACUGCCAAGGAGAAACUGGUGCUGUCCAAGCUGAGAAGAUCUGUUUUGUCAUUGGCCUCCGAUCCCGAGCAGCCGCCCAUUUGCACCGCAGCUUUGUUGGCGGCCCUUAAGCACGUCAACGAUGAGAGCUUCUUGAACGAUUUAAUACCCCUGGGUCUCGAGUCUCUUAAGAAGAUCGCCGCCGACGAGGGCAUCCAGCACUUGAAACAGCUGCCGUGGCCGCACAGCGAAAUCUACAAGUCGGUGAUCGAGAAAUUCGAGGGACGAGUGGGGCUGAACGUUCUUCUUCGCAAGGAUUUGGCCUGGCAGCUGUUCGAGGAGAGUUUCGCCCACCAUGACGCUUAUGUGCAGCUGGAGCAGAAGCUUCAGCCGUUGCCCUGCGUCCUCCUGAACAGCCUCACUCCUGAGACCUUUGAGCAAAUGCAGCCCAAGCACAAGGUGGCUUUGAUCAAGUUGAUAGUGGAGGCGUCCACUUACUCGGACAACGAUAGCAUCUUCCUGGCCAGCCAUAGGUUGCUGAAGCGCUGCCGACUGGAGUGCAGACCCCUCGUGGCAAUACUGUCGGACAUGGCCAACAGCAAGGUGCCGCAGCAGCCUGCCCCCAAGCGACGCAGCGUGGUGACCACCCAACUGGACCUAACCAACCUUAACUGGAAGCGGGGAAUGACUCUCCUCGAGCUGCUGGAGCACAAGAAGCAGCUGGUCGAAGCGGAGUUGCUGAUUCCACCGCUGUUCGAACUCCUGGCGGCCUGCUUAACGUUGGAGGACCACAGCGCCGUCGAGUAUCCCAAGCAGCUGAUCCUCUCGAGCUUGCUGCACUGCUGUCAGACGGCCCAGGCUGCCGGCGUGCAGUUGGUCAAUGUCCUGCCCGAGUCCUGCUUCCGCAUCGAGCUGGUGGUUCAGUGCCUGCGGAACACGCGCAACCCGCAGACCCAGCAACACGCCCUGCUCUUCCUGACCCACUGCGCCGGCAUGUAUCCGCAGCAGGUGCUGCACAAGAUCGUCGAGAUCUUCACCUUCGUGGGAUCCACGGUGGCGCGCCACGACGACGCCUUCAGCCUGCACAUCAUCCACAAUGUGGUGGAGUCGAUCAUACCCAUCCUGCUGCUGAAGACGGGACACAGGGCGCUGGUUAUUCCCGUGCUCAAGGUGUUUGCCGAUAUCUGUGCGGAUGUGCCGGUGCAUCGGAGGUUGCCCCUCUACGCUACUCUGUUCCGCGUGCUGGAGCCCAAGGAGCAUCUCUGGCAGUUCCUGUGCAUAGUGUUCGAAUCGCAGGUGCUUCUGGAGCAAAGCUCUCCGAAGGUUUCCUCAGACAAAUCGCGACUGGACUUCGCUCGCGAGCUAACGCUGAUGUUCGAGGACCCGACGGUCGGCUUGCAGACCUGCAUCCGUCUGUUGGAGUACCAGGCCAAGUUGCCGAUAAACAAGAGCGGACCUUCGGGGAAAACCAGCAGCCCGGCUUUCUCCACGGAACAGCAGCUCUUCGAUGUAGGAACCCGAACGUUCAAGCAGCUGCGCCACUACAGGUACCUCAUCAUGGACUUCCUGUCUGGAAUCAGCAGCUGCAACGAGUGGCAGGCGAAGAUGAAGCGGCCCGAUCCCACAGAGCUAUUGCCGUACUAUCAGGAUCUUAUCCUCAAGACGCUCGCGUACGUGGGCAUUGUGAAUGAAGCCUUGGAAGCAGCUUCCGAAACGCCCUCGCUCGAGAAGUACUGGCGGGUACUGGGUAACCAUGCCCACGAUGUUCUGGACAACGCCAUCGGGCUGCUGGCCCCGGAACACUUCCUCACCGUGAUCACCGAGCUACUGCAGCACGACCUUGUGUAUGUGCGCAUCAAGGUGUUGGAGUUGUUGGUGACUAAGUUGAACCCCACAAACGACUACUUUGAGGACUGCGCGGCGAAGCACUUUGCAGUUCUUUUCGCGCCGUUACAGGACAUUAUCAAUGGAAUCCUGGAGUCAGGCGGCAGCAGUGCACAGCAGGCGAAGCUGCAACAAACCGCUCUGCACGCUCUCCAGCUCUUGGCCCUCCGCCACGGUCGGGAGUUUAUCGAGGAAUGCCGCUCCUUGUUGGCCAUCCUGACCAAGAUCACUAAGAAGCGAGCCAACGUGCCCAAGGCAGUGGUAGGCAACGUGGUGCUGACCCUCGUCGAGAUCUGUGCGAGUCUCAAGGCCCACGCUUUGGCCCAGCUGCCCAAAUUCGCGCCCCAACUUACGGAGCUUCUCAAGGAGCAGGUUCACCAGAUGGCCACGCUUAAACAGGGACCGGACUACCUCUGCUCCACCCUGGUCACUGCUCUGCACAAACUCUUCAAGGCCUUGCCGCUUUUCCUGGGACCCUACUUGGUAGACAUCCUCGCAGGCUUGUCACGGCUCUCGGUGCAACUGGACAGUCCGCUGCUGUUGCAGGACAAACGUGCACAGGCGCUAAAGCAGCGGCUCGCUGAGGUGUGGGCUGCGGUGGCCCAGGGCGUGGAGGUGCGCAUCCUCGUUCCCAGCUGCUCAAAGACCUUCUCCAGCCUGCUGGAGCAACAAGCCUACGAUGAGUUGGGCCAUCUGAUGCAGCAGCUGCUGCUGCAGAGCAUCCGGCACAAUGCAGCGGCUCAAUUGCAGGCGGUGCAGGAUCCCCUCAGUGAGUUGUUCCUGCAGGCGCUGGACUUCCGGCUGCAGGUGCGUGGUCGUGGCUUGCAGAGGCAACUCGUGUCGGAUGUGGAGUCCGCUAUCGCCGAGACCUUUGUGACAUGGAUCCUAAAACUGUCCGAGACGAGCUUCCGGCCCAUGUACGCUCGGGUGCACAAGUGGGCGUUGGAGAACAGUUCCAGGGAAACGCGGCUCACCUACUUCCUGCUGACCAACCGAAUCGCCGAGGCCCUCAAGUCGCUGUUUGUGCUGUUUGCCAGCGAGUUUGUCGAAGAUGCCUCUCGCUUGCUGGCGGAGCACAAUACCCUCAGUCCAAAGUUCGAGGCCGGCGAUCCGGAAGAUGAUGUGGAGCUGCUGACCGCCAUCCUAAACACUCUGCAUCAUGUGUUCUUGUACUGCAGCGAGGACUUCGUCAACGAGCAUCGCUUCAACGCGCUGAUGCCGCCGCUGGUUAACCAGUUGGAGAACGACCUGGUCCUGGGUAGUGAGCCACUGCACCAGGUGCUCAGCAAUACCAUCGCCCAGCUGGCGGUGGCCACCAACGAUGUGAUGUGGAAGCAGCUCAACAGCCAAGUGCUCCUCAAGACCCGCACGCCGACACCUGAGGUGCGCAUUCUGGCCUUCAACAGCUGCGUGGCCAUAGCUCGCAAGCUGGGCGAGAGUUACGCCCCCUUGUUGCCGGAAACGGUUCCCUUCAUCGCCGAGCUGCUGGAGGACGAACACCAGCGGGUGGAGAAGAACACUCGCAGUGCGGUGCAGGAGUUGGAGACCAUUCUGGGCGAGCCAGUGCAAAAGUAUCUAUAAUGUGGAAUCCAUUGUCCAACUGUUAUUCUCUGCAAAUGUAAUAUACAAUCGAACGGGCAUAAAUAUGUUAUUGCUUCAAAUAAUAAAAAAAUGUAUUUUA